UGGCUUACCCCUCACAGGCUGCAGUGGUGGGAGAGCGUUUUUCCUCGGCUGAUACGUUCUAUUGGCUGAAGCCAUCGCCUGUUUUAUUGGUUGAAGAGCUUCAGCGAUUGGGGCCCCGGACUGACAUACCUGUCUGCUAUUGGCUACCCGUGAAUAUGAGCUUGUACCGUGCGAGUCUCUCGGCUGAGCAGACAGAGCGCGGGCUCCUUGCAGGCUGCCUGGGGGCUAACGAGACAGGGGAGGCUGGUGAGUGCCGGGGGCGAGUAGUACAUCGCGACUCACCUGCUCAGUGUCCCUCCUGCUGCUACUUGUGUGUGUCUGACAGGAUGCGGGACACUGAGGCGAAUCCCUCGCAUUGACACUCACCUGCUGCAGGGAGACUCAAAUCAACUUUAUCGCACUUCUUAUCCUGAGCGCUACAUUUUCCGCAGGGUGGAAGUCGCGCGCUACUUUCUGCGCUUGGAAUAUUCGCACAUUUUUUCAAUGACUUUCUGGUCGUGGAAUAGAAAUGAUUAUGAACAGUUCCGACCCAUAAUCAGUAUAACGUUUCCGUGGUGCCCAUCCCUGAUGUGCAGACUGUAUGUCAGAAUGUGCGAUCCUGUAGCCACAACUGACUGAUUGCUGCACCAUCAGCACUCGGUAACCUUGAGACAGUAGCGUGUGUGUGCGGUACCGGUCCGGCUCUCUGCCCCACGUGAUAACCUUGAGACUGAGCAUAGCGCUUGCACUGCUGUCAUGCAACCGACGAGCAGGAUAACGCGCAAAACCAAGGGCUGGAAGCGAUUUUGUAAUUGUCCAUGAACUGCAAGCCAGGGGGAUGGAGGGAGCGAUUAAACAGUUGCAAUUGUUCCCAUGAAUAAUCGUGCAUCAAUAAAGAAGCCCGGGAUCAUGGAUGACCGAGCCAACAAGUUGAUUCUGGCCCCACUUUUAGCCGUGCUCUUUGUGAUGAUUGUGUACCAGUACAUAUGCCCCAGUGGCACCAACUCGUGCCAGUUCCGAGCUGGUGAUCAUCCCAGGACAGGGGCGCAGACCCCUCAGCUCCCACCCUGGCCAGAAGCUCAGUGGCAGGGGGAGGAGGAGGAAGGUGAGGAGGAAGCAGAGGAUUGCAUACCUCCGAAAUUUCAACCCACCUAUAACUUCAUGGCCAAAGACCUCGCCAGAUUUGUGGAUUUCAACAUCAAGGAGGAUGAUGUGAUCGUGUUCCUGCACAUACAGAAGACAGGAGGCACCACAUUCGGUAGACACCUGGUUAGGAAUAUCCACCUGGAGCAGCCGUGUGACUGCAAGCCGGGCCAGAAGAAGUGCACCUGCCAUCGGCCUGGCAAGAAGGAAACUUGGCUCUUCUCCCGCUUUUCCACGGGUUGGAGCUGUGGGCUGCAUGCUGACUGGACCGAACUCACCAACUGUGUCCCCGCGAUCAUGGAGAAGAAGGACAGCCAGAGAAACCACAGGAACUUUUAUUACAUCACAAUGCUGAGAGACCCUGUAUCACGCUACCUAAGUGAAUGGAAGCAUGUCCAGAGGGGAGCGACAUGGAAAGCCUCACUUCACGUAUGCGAUGGGAGAAGCCCAACUCCUGAUGAACUGCCUACAUGCUAUCUUGGAGAUGACUGGUCUGGGGUCACACUGCAGGAGUUUAUGGACUGCAACUAUAAUCUUGCCAACAACCGCCAGGUCCGGAUGCUUGCGGACCUCAGUCUUGUGGGAUGUUACAACUUGACAUUUAUGAAUGAAAGUGAAAGAAAUCACAUUCUUCUUCAGAGUGCAAAGAACAAUCUUAAAAAUAUGGCAUUUUAUGGCUUGACUGAGUUUCAAAGGAAAACACAAUUUCUGUUUGAAAGAACAUUCAAUCUGAAGUUUAUUUCACCUUUCACUCAGUUUAAUAGUACAAGGGCCUCAAAUGUGGAUAUAGACGAAAAGUCUCGUGAGCGCAUAAAAGAGUUGAACUACUUAGAUGUGCAGUUGUAUGAAUAUGCGAAAGACCUUUUUUUACAACGCUUUCAGUACACCAGGCAACAAGAGCACCAGAGGAAGAGAGAGAAGAGGAAGGAAGAGAGGCGACUUUUAAGGGAGCAUAAAGCUCUGGAGUGGCACAAGGAAGAAAAAAAAUCCGAUGCAGCUACUACUGAAGACUAUAAUAGUCAGGUGGCACGAUGGUGACAGUACUGAAAAUGUCUUCAGAAAUCAUUUGGGGGACACGAACAUGAAUUUGCAAUUU